CUCACACCUAAAACGGGCAUCUGCUGACCGUUUAUUGCGUGGGCACAAACAUGGAGGACGGUGUUGUGUUUGUGACUGUCGGCACAACAAGCUUUAAUAAGUUAGUUGAAACCGUUACAAGCCCAACUAUUUGUAAGAUUCUCCAGGGACAUGGCUAUAAAAAGCUGGUGCUUCAGAUCGGAAAAGGUGAAUUUGAACCAGAGUGCUGUAACCAGAAUGGGCUCAUUGUAGAGUUUUACAGGUACAAGGAUUCAAUAGCCCAAGACAUUGCUAAGGCAUCAUUAGUUAUCAGUCAUGCAGGUUCUGGGAGCAUACUGGAGUCACUUCAAGCUAAGCGUCCACUAGUUGUGGUUAUAAAUGAAGAGCUAAUGGGAAACCAUCAGUUGGAACUUGCCCACGAACUUGCAGAGUACCACCACCUCAUCUAUGCCAACUGCAGAUUUCCCAACAAGCAUCCCUAUCACUUUUACCCUGAAGACCCCCCGCAGCUUACAGUGUGGUACCUCUAUCAAUCAUCCAUUAGGGCUGUAGAACAUUACAAGGUAUUCUUCAGACCCUGGAUGUCAGCGCUCUUUUGCCCUUUCCUCCUGGAAGACCAAUAACAUUUGGUUCCUACUUAAACUCAGUAAUGGGAGUAAGUAAUACUUCCUGACAGAAUUUUCUGGAGGUGUGAGGAAUGUAAACACUUUUUCGUUCCUGUGUUAAUUUUAAAUUAUAUGAUUUGUAUAAAGAUUAUAUUUAUAUUAUGUAUUAUAAAAAAAAUUGAGAUGUAUGAGCGCUCUGAUUGGUGGGAUUGGUCACUUUCAUUACACAAUGAAGGUCAUGUGAUGAUGCAGCAUAAAAUCAUGUAAGGAGAGUUUGUGCAUCAUCAGUUGACAACCCUGUGAAUCCCAAAGAACUUUUACAUUUUAACACUAACAAAUAUUAAUCUCCGGGAAGAAAACCUGUCCCAGGUAAAAAGGAAAAUGCAAAAUAAGUCCAAGUAGUUGAACCACCAAACAAUGAAGUAAAUAUUUCUUGGAAUUUGAAGCCAGUUUUUCAAACUGUUUUUUGCAUGUGCUGACAUGCACUGGAAUCACGCCAUGAGCGCACACUGUUGUAAAUUUUUUUUUUGUCUUUUGGUAAAAUUAGAAAUAAUUUUAUAAAAGAAAUAAAAGUCACUCCUUACUCAUUGAGCCCAAGUUGCUCAAUCAAAAGCUUAUAGCCCUCUAUCCUUUGUAAGCUUCAUGAAGUUAAAAUAAACUAGUUGCUAUUUAUGAUA